CCCGUAGCCUCACGGGAUUCUUUCUCCCUCCUCCCCCGUGUAUAAAUUGGCUUCAUCCCCUCCCUGCCUCAUCCAUCCAAAUCCCACUCCCCAAUCCCAUCCCGUCGGAGAAAUUCAUCGAAGCGAAGCGAAGCGAAUCCUCCCGAUCCUCUCAAGAUGCAGAUCUUCGUUAAGACCCUCACUGGCAAGACCAUCACCCUUGAGGUCGAGUCCUCAGACACUAUUGACAAUGUCAAGGCUAAGAUCCAGGACAAGGAAGGCAUCCCUCCGGACCAGCAGAGGCUCAUCUUUGCUGGCAAGCAGCUCGAGGAUGGCCGUACCCUAGCUGACUACAACAUCCAGAAGGAGUCGACUCUCCACCUUGUGCUCAGGCUCAGGGGUGGCAUGCAGAUCUUCGUCAAGACCCUCACUGGCAAGACCAUCACCUUGGAGGUGGAGUCCUCAGACACCAUUGACAACGUGAAGGCAAAGAUCCAGGACAAGGAAGGCAUCCCCCCAGACCAGCAGCGUCUCAUCUUUGCCGGGAAGCAGCUUGAGGAUGGCCGCACCCUUGCCGACUACAACAUCCAGAAGGAGUCCACCCUUCACCUGGUGCUCCGCCUUCGUGGUGGUAUGCAGAUCUUCGUCAAGACCCUCACCGGCAAGACCAUCACCCUGGAGGUGGAGUCCUCUGACACCAUUGACAAUGUGAAGGCCAAGAUCCAGGACAAGGAGGGCAUCCCCCCGGACCAGCAGCGUCUCAUCUUCGCUGGCAAGCAGCUGGAGGAUGGCCGCACCCUUGCUGACUACAACAUCCAGAAGGAGUCCACCCUUCACCUGGUGCUCCGCCUGCGUGGUGGCAUGCAGAUCUUUGUCAAGACCCUCACCGGCAAGACCAUCACCCUGGAGGUUGAGUCCUCUGACACCAUUGACAACGUGAAGGCCAAGAUCCAGGACAAGGAGGGCAUCCCCCCGGAUCAGCAGCGUCUGAUCUUUGCUGGCAAGCAGCUGGAGGAUGGCCGCACCCUUGCUGACUACAACAUCCAGAAGGAGUCCACCCUUCACCUGGUGCUGCGUCUUCGUGGUGGUAUGCAGAUCUUCGUCAAGACCCUCACCGGCAAGACCAUCACCCUGGAGGUGGAGUCCUCUGACACCAUUGACAAUGUGAAGGCAAAGAUCCAGGACAAGGAGGGCAUUCCCCCGGACCAGCAGCGUCUCAUCUUUGCUGGUAAGCAGCUGGAGGAUGGCCGCACCCUUGCAGACUACAACAUCCAGAAGGAAUCCACUCUCCACCUGGUGCUCCGUCUCCGUGGUGGCCAGUAAGUCCUGGGCCAUGAGCAGCCGUCCUUCCAGGGUUCACAUGUCUGGUGCCUUCCUCUGUCCCUCUGAUGGAGAUUAUCUGCAUGUCGUGGUCGUGUCUUGAUCGAGUCGGUGAAGAGUCCCUAUGUUUCCCUUUCUCAGAAAAUCGUCCUAUGUCAGUCUGGUUGUGUUCGUGAACAUUUCUGCUGGUGCCCAGCAGUUUGGUUGGAACUGUGCAAUGGAAUAAUUGAACCCUGAAUUUCGUGUGACAAUUUGUCUUCAUGGUUUCUGGAUAUAUUGUUUGUUAA